CGCCCAAAGGUUCGACGAUCUGGUGACCUAUGAACACAGGAAGAACUUGUCGAAGAACUUCCGGCACGGCACUCUGCAUAAGCUACAGUCUGGAUAGUCCUAGCAAGGCAUAAUUACUGAGACGUCCCGUGUUCUUAGUCUCUGUAGGUUCCUAGGAGGGUGUGAGCGGAGCGGCCUGGCCGUGCUCCUCGGUAUGCGCGGGCGGCGGAGUUCUCUGUUGGGAUACGACCCACUCGUCCCGCGCCUUCAAGAAACCAAACCCUGGAUGAGCGCAGGGACCCUGGAAAUCUCACGGCUCGGAGAUUGGGGAGGAGCUGCCUGUGUUCCCCGCCCUGGACCCUGUUGAAAAGAGCACCUGCCCCAUUGGUUGAGCAGUUGUGACAUCAUGGAAUGUUCUCAAAGGAUUCUAAAUGGUCAGGGAAAAGGAGUCAGCAACAGAAUCUUGACAAUCCAGGGACCCAUUGCAUGGUCUGGGAGAACCUGUUACUGCAACAUAACGGACAGAGCGGGAAAGAUGGGUGAGAGGUAUCAAGUGGUGAGAUGCAAUGGAAGCUACAUAUGAUGGCAGUGAAGUAACUGUAGUAAUGGAGGAAAUAGAAAGCACAUACACUUAUGCAUCUCCAGUGCCAUCUAAAAAGAAGAAGAAAUAUAGAGGUCCUGGAGAUCAAGGGGAAAAAACGAAAAAGCCCAGAUCUGCAUACCUUCUAUAUUAUUAUGACAUAUACCUGAAAGUUCAACAGGAGCUCCCGCAUCUUCCCCAGUCUGAAAUUAACAAGAAGAUCAGUGAGAGCUGGAAGCUGCUUAGUGUGGCUGAGAAGAGUUAUUAUCUGGAGAAGGCCAAGUUAGAAAAAGAAGGUCUAGACCCGAACUCGAAGUUGUCUUCCCUGACUGCUGUAGUUCCAGACAUUCCAGGUUUCCGUAAAAUCCUCCCUCGUUCAGAUUAUAUAAUUAUUCCCAAAGGCACUCUCCAGGAGGAGAGAAGCAAGCAACACUUGGAACUCUGUGUGACCCAGGGCCAAACAGCAACAGAAGGACUAACAGCCUGUACUAAUGUCACAAAUGUUUCCCACAGUACCGUGCAGAACAUCCUUUCUGUAGAUUCCAGCCACAUUGGCAUUUCUGAGCAGUGCAUUGCCAUUGAAGGGGUUUCAGAAGACCAUGCCUCAUUUGUUCAGUCAGAUACUAUAGAAGAAGUUGUUGCAUCGGAGAUCUUGUCUCAUUAUGUGAGACCUGCUGCACAUAAAGUGGCUGGAGAUGUCCUCUUGGAUGAAGCCUCUUUGGAAGUAAGCGAUGGCUAUCCCUAUCAAGCAGCCAGUGUGGUUAUUGAGGAGACUCUGGUAAACAGCUUGGAUGCCUCCAGUGGGGGCAUUACUGUGGCACAACCACAGGCUUCCAAGGGCCUCUCUGUUGUAACAGUGGUGACUAGACGAGAUCCAGAAGAAAGUAAUUCUUCAACACCUACUGCUCAGUUCAUUAUGCUACCUCUGCCUGCCCAUUCUGUUUUGGAAAAUCCUACAUCAAUCAAACUGACAACUACCUACACUCGCAGAGGGCAUGGGAAUUGUACCAACCCAGGCUGUUCCUUCACUUAUGUGACCAGACACAAGCCACCCAAAUGCCCAAUGUGUGGGAACUUUCUGGGAGGGAAAUGGAUCCCAAAGGAGAAACAGCCCAGAGGCAAAUCUGAGCCAACUUCCAGUAUGCCUAUAAAAACCUUGGGCCCCAAAAGAAGUCAGCAUCCGUUAGCCUUGGGACAGGCAGUGGUUAAUGACAGUGCCUCUAAAUCUGUACUGGAAAGCUCUGAAGCUGUUACCCAACUUCUAAACGCAGCCCCUUGUGGGGAGCAGGUGCAGGAAACUGAAUGGGAAGAAGUGAUAAUCUCGGAGGCUCACAUCAUUGCAAAUAACAUGCAGCCGGAGGAGCAAGGAAAUGCCACUGCAGUUAUUCAACUUCAAGAGGCCAUUGUACAGGCAGAGCCUUCAUUAGGACAUAAGGAGAGGGAGAAUGAGGGCCUGGAGACCCAGCCAUCCGCUGAGAUAGUUACCACUGCCAGCUCCAUUUCAAAUCCAACUUCUGCCGUGAAACAUUCAGCAGGAGGUGAUGCUGUUUGCAUUGUACCCAAAGGGCAGGAGCAGAAGAGCAAAGCAAAACCCAAGCCUUCCUUGCUGGCUGCUGCAAGACCCAUGAGGGCAAUUUUGCCAGCCCCUGUCAGUGUGGCAAGAGAAACCAAUACAGAGCAGCCUUCUUGCAGGCAGUCAUUUACAAACAAUGAAAAAAAUUCCCCUGUGAGAAUCUCAGGACUGAAACCUAGUACUCUGAAGCAGCUAGGUCAGUCUCCCCUGCAAACACCUAGUGUUGAAGAGCACAAGCUCCAUGGCAGCGCCAACAGCUCAGCAUCUCAGGUCAAAGUGGUGGAGGUCAAACCAGAUGUAUUCCCUUCCUAUAAGUACAGCUGCACUGUAACCUUGGACUUGGGAUUGGCAACAUCACGUGGUAGAGGGAAAUGUAAGAAUCCUUCUUGCAGUUAUGUAUACACUAAUCGGCAUAAACCAAGGAUCUGUCCCAGCUGUGGCUACAACCUUACCAAAGACAGAGCUGAGAAAACAGCAAAAUCCCUAGAAGUCACCGCUAGUCCAGCUGAUGUGUUAAACACCAAUGAACCUCUAAUUCAAUCCCAAAAGGAGAUUCAGCGUCAGUCCACUUUGCAGCUUCUGCGCAAAGUAAUACAGAUACCAGAGAAUGAAUCGGAGCUGGCUGAUGUUUUUGCACUCAUUCAUGAACUAAAUAGUUCACGGCUCAUCCUGUCCAACAUGAACGAGGAGACAGUCACCAUUGAGCAGACCUCUUGGUCAAACUAUUAUGAAUUUCCAUCAUCCCAGUGCCUUCUCUGUAGCAGCCCUUUAUUCAAAGGAGAACCAAAUUCUCUUGCAGGUCCUCAAGAGUGCUGGUUGUUGACAGCUACUCAGCUGCAGGUGGUCACUGCUCAACUCAAGGUCUGUGUGAAUGUGCAGUGCUUGGCCCUCCACAGCUUCAAUGAUAUCUACACUGGAUUGUUUAAUGUGGGUAACAAGCUUUUAGUGAGCCUGGACCUUCUGUUCACAAUCAGAAAUCACAUUAAACUUGGAGAAGAUCCUAAAGUGGCAGUCAGCAGCAUCUUGGAAUCGGUCCAAGAGCAGACCGAGAGAAACCUGAACACUGAGGAGCUAACUCAGCUUGAGGAACUGCUGUGUAAUGGCUACUGGGCCUUUGAGUGCCUCACUGUCCGAGACUACAAUGAUAUGAUCUGUGGAGUCUGUGGCAUCGCACCCAAAGUUGAAAUAGCCCAGAGGAAUGUGGAAAAUGUUUUGUUGCUGAAAAAUAUUGAGUUUACCUGGCCAGAAUUCUUGGCAUCUAGUGAGGUAAAUGUGGAAGAUUUCUGGUCCACCAUGGAGACAGAAGUGAUAGAACAGGUGGCAUUCCCCUCCAGCAUCCCUAUCACAAAGUUUGAUGCCUCUAUCAUAGCUCCCUUCUUCCCACCACUGAUGAGGGGCACUGUGGUUGUCAACACAGAGAGAGAGAAGAACCUUGAAGCACAUAUAAUGCCAGGUAAUGCAAGCAUUCUAGUGAGGCUGAUUCAGGAUGAAACCUGUAAAAUGGAGCAGAUUGGCUCAUACAGUGAGGAAGAACUACAGAAUUUCUUGACACAGUGCAGCAUUUCCUGGGAGGCAGGGGAGUCAAAGGAGCAGCUCUGUCUUUCUCUUCUGGCUUUAUAUGAUUUUGUUCAGAAUGGGACACAGAUCAGUCAGCCCCCAGCACACUUUACCGGAGGGAAAAUCUGCAAAGUGUGUCCACACCAGGUCAUAUGUGGCUCGAAGUACAUUGUGAGGGGGGAAAGCCCCCGGGACCAUGUGGACCUCCUAGCCUCCUCACGCCACUGGCCACCAGUCUAUGUGGUAGACUUGGCCACUUCUGUGGCAUUGUGUGCCGAUAUCUGCUAUCCUGACUUGACUGCUCAGAUGUGGGGGAGAAACCAGGGUUGCUUCUCUAACCCCAUGGAACCUUUAAGGUAUGUGUCCUGCCCAGAACUUCUCGACAGACACUACAAUGUGGAUAUGACCACUGCGGAGCAUUCCGUUCAGCAUCCAGUCACCAAAUCAGCAUCUCGCCGAAUAGUUCACACUGGGACAGAGCAGAGCACUCAGGGGGACCCAACAGCUCGGUACCGUUCUCUCUCCCUUUGCCGGGAACUAGAACCCUAUGGUGCUAUUAUUACAGCCAUCAGUGACAGCAAAACCAAUAAUGUCCGUCAGAAACCUAUAACCUUUGACAACGCCACCCAUUAUUAUCUCUACAAUCGCCUGAUGGAUUUCUUCUCCAGCCGCGAGACUGUGAACAGGCAGAUUCAUGAGAUUGUGCAGAGCUGCCAGCCAGGUGAAGUGGUGAUCCGGGAUACUCUGUACCGUCUGGGUGUGGCCCAGAUCAAGACAGAAAUGGAUGAAGAUGAAGAGAUCCAAGGGGAAGAUGGUGUUGAAUAACCUGAUCUGAUGUGGUCAUCUUAGCUAUAGAGAUGAGAGCUAGGCUGCAGAUACUCCAGGCAGCUUAUUACUCACACACGCCCUAGUCCUGAGCACCUUGGAUGCUCGUACUGACCAAAGAGUCAUGUGCUUCCAAUAAAAUCCAUAUUGGAUUUUUGAUCGGCAGAGCAGCUUGCUGUAAAAGGGCAGGUUUCUCUCCCCGGGGGCUACUUUGAUCCCUAUGCCAGCUGGGAUUGUGUGCUGCAAGGGGAGGAUAGAGUCCAGUGGCCUGAAACUUGUUGAAAUGGAUUUGCCGAAGAUCAUCUGACCAGGUUUUUGAAGUGUGUACAUUGCUGGGUGUUGGGAUUGUAAGAAGGAAUAAAAGACUCUCCCAAUAUUAUAUCCUGAAGGGGGUGACCAUAAUAGACCAAUGAGCAUUUGGAGCCCCAGCUGCUACUAAGUUCUGACUUGAACUUUCAGACUGACCUUCAGGCCCCAUCAGUGUUUGAAGAGGUGAGAGCAUAUGUGUUCUUAUAACUCAUUCUGGCUCUACCUGAGGAGCAUCUACAUUUAUUUAGUGGCUGAAAUCCAGAGGGAGCUGAAUUUUCAUGGCUGUGUGCAUUAAGGUAAGGAUUGGUCUGUAGUAGGUUAUAAUUACCCUGGCUAGCAUAGUUAUUACAAAGUUUCUUCAGGGAUUUCUGUGUUUUGGAUGAAGCAUCUGGACAGUUGAUCAGGAGAGGAUUUUCAGGCACUUUACAGCCCAUCCAUGGACUUAAUAGAAGGUUGUCUAUUCCUAUAUCUAGGGACAUUAUAAAGAGUACUUGUGAAUCAGUAGCUGGAUUCAGUGGACAUAGUCCAACAAGAGAUGCUUUUAUGAUUAUUUCCCGAGCUGAUACCUGUUAGGGAAGGUACGUAACACUUGCCUGUUUUGGCUGUUUGCAAACCACUACAUACUCCCCAUUUCCAACUUUUACAAAACUGACUUUGUCCUUGGGAGACCAGCAUUGUUCUUCCUGUGUAAAAUGUUGAACCAUGGCGUGUAAACUCCUUGCGUUAUAUCCACUGAUUCCCGUUUACUCUUGCCCAUCUGGAAAGUGAAAAUGGAUUUCUGCUACAGCUGGACUUAGGGAAGGGUUUCCACUGCGUUUUAUUCAGAUUUAUGGUGUGGUUUUAAAAACUCCCUUCUAUGAAGGAUUAUAGUGUGACUGCUAUUUAAAAAAAAACCCAACCACCAUAUUGAAUUUUUGAGCAAAGGUUAUGAUUUGCUGUUAAGAAUGCUAAUUUAUGAAUAAUACUUUUUCAGUCAUUGAUAAACUUUAAUAAAUUAUCUCU